CCUGUCGCGUCCCACGUUGCCAAUAAAGUUAUUUACAUUUUUUGGUAUGUUUGUUAUUUAUGUUACAGAAGUAUUGAGUGCCACAGCCUAGAUCCCAGCAGAUCUCUCGGCGCUGCAUUGGUUAGAGCCAGUGGUUACCUGCUUUGUAGACUGGGGUUCAAAUACAAGGGAGGCCGGCUCCAUGAAGCCACGAUGUGGUGAUGAGGUUUUGGAGAUGUAACAAUGACGCAUGAAUCUUUACGUUAAGUAUGACCCCCGACUUAGCGCUGCAGGCCUCCCACACCCCAGGGGGUUGGGUCUGGGUUCAAGUUCUGGUGAGGGGCCGUCUCCUUGGCAACCAAACCUACCGGUUGAGAUCUUGAAUGGUAAUGUCCAGUGUGACCUCUGAACCGACCGGGGCAGGCGAGUCCCCGUGGGAACUUCUUAUUUUUAUGUGAUUUGUAAGCUCAAGUAUGACUCCCGAGAACAUCAUACCCGCUGUCUCUUUAGCGCAUCUCGGAAAGAGAGAGGAGAGUAGGGGUUUGUGUCCGUUGAAACCUCAUGUCCUUGUGAAACUUUGGUUGUCAUGGGAAUUGUAAUGUCAUGUACAACUUGUGAUCAUUGGUCAUCGUCCCUGUCUCAGUGGCGCAGGGGUCAGCACUGUUGGGCAACCCUCUGGAGGCUAUAUAGGCCUACUAUACCGUCACGUAUAACCUCCAACUAUAACAGGUUGCCAGUCUCAGUGGGGCAGCAGAGAGCUGUUGGCUAAAGCUCGGUGGAUCAGGGUUCAAGUCCUGCUGGUUUUCUUUAUUACAGACAGUGUGUUCCUCAAGGCUUCGUCUGGGCCGCCCCCGGACCCCUGUGGUCCUGACCCUGAUCCAAGUGGCCCCUCGUCGCAGAAUCCCAGAUCAACUCACUUCCUGUUGGCCGCUUCAUUGUCGGGAGAGGAAGAACCAACUCCUAAUUUGGUCCUCCGGCGUUCCGUCGCUUUAAGACAGAGCGACCAACAACCACCGCUGCUACUCCCCGCUCCUCCACUUCCUGUUGGAGGCUGCCUUGGCGAUGGCCAACGUGUGCACGUACGGGCGCUUCACGCACGCCAUAGUGCGUGGCGUCCCCACCUCCUUUGGCCGGGGGGGCGAGGACCGGGCGGAGGAGGGGGCGGAGCCGGCGGCGGCGACCGUGGACCUGGCGAAGGCGCAGCGGCAGUUUGGCGUGCUGACCGGCGCCCUGCGGCAGAAGGUGGGGCUGCAGCUGAUCGAGAUCCCCCCCGACCCAGAGCUGCCGGACAGUUGGAGGGUGGAGGACGUGGCGGUGAUCCAGGGCGACACCGCCCUCAUCACCCGCCCCUUCAGGCUGCAGAGACGGGCCGAGGCGGAGGCGGUGCGCCGGGUGGUGUCGGAGCUCAGCCUGACGGUGGUGGAGAUGGGGGCGGAGGAGGGGGGGGACUCCGGGGGGGCCACCCUGGAGGGCAGCGACGUGCUCUUCACCGGACGGGAGUUCUUCGUGGGGAUCUCGGACCACACCAACUACAGAGGGGCCGAGGUGCUGGCCGACACCUUCAGGGACUUUGCUGUGUCCACGGUGCCCGUGUGCGGUGGGGCCCGGCUGAAGAACAUUUGCUCCAUGGGGGGGCCCGACACCAUCGUCAUUAGCAACAGCGACGGGGCCAAGAAGACGCUUCGGAUGAUGGAGCAGCUGACAGACCACCGCUACGAGGUUCUGGCCGUGCCGGAGGACGCCGCCGCCAACUGCAUCUACGUCCGCGGUGCCAACCAGCGGGACUUCCUGCUGCACCGCCCGGCCGAGGAGUGCCCCGAGAGCAUGGAGGCCCUACAGAAGCUGCAGGACUACACCUUCCUGCCCACGGCCUGCAGUGAGGCGGGCAAACUGGGAGCAAACCUGUCCUCCCUCUGCCUGCUGGUCAACCGCAAGCACACCUACUUCUGAAUAAACUAUAUACGCCUUCAAAACAUGGAGCUAUGCUAACACCCUGUGCCAUCAGUAGCUUUGGCAUCAACGCACUAACCAGAUACGCAGUUUAUCGGAUAAAGUGGCGAGCAGCAGAACUACGCCCCCUGCUGGUCGUUUUGUAUAUAACCACCGUCACACCCUACCCCCUCGUAUAACUUUUCCAACCAUUUAGGUCGAGGGGUUUGAAGUUACUGCAUGCACUUGAUUUGCAGCCUAGUAGGGAUGAGAAGUUUAAGUGAAGGACCGAAGGCUCUUUAGAUUGUAUGCCCAUUAAAUGUUUACGUUUUUAAUGUGUGAUCUCACAUUAACAGUUGCUAAUAAAACUAGACUUCCUUUCCUAA